UCAAUCAGCAAUUCCUACUAUUUUUAACAUCCCAAAUCCUCCUCCACUUCUUGAUUCUAAAAGGAAACCACCAGUUGACAUCAUUCAGUUCCAGCGAAAAAAUUUCAAAAAUAUUAGUCUGAAAUCCUUGUCACUUUUUUGUUAAAUCACUCUUGUUGCAUUCUUAGAAAUGAAAGUUAAACCUCAAAACCUGGUGUUUAACUUUUUAAUCAUAAACUAAGAGACAAAACAAAUUAGGAACUACAAAGCGUGCGGAUUUCAAAUUUGAAGACUGCAAAAAAACAAGAACAAUCAAAAGCUACUUCAAUUCAAUAGUUUUCAUAUUUCCUACGAUUACAGAAAAUGGAGAGCGAACUUCCAACUACAGACGAUAGCUUUGAUUUAAUUGGUAAUUUAUAUAAAAAACUCACUGUGUCUGGAUUAAAAAGUUCGUUUCAUGGGGAUAUUUUUCAGUUAGGUCUUUUAACUCUUUCUGCAAUAAGGGCAAAAAAUUCAGCAAAACGAUUUUACUUAAUAGCAGAAGCGAAAGAGUUCGAAAAGUUUGAUGAUCUGGUUAUUGACUUUGUGGAUCACAUUACUCUAUUGCAAGCAAAACAUUCGGAAAAAACAGACUAUUUUGUUAAAAAUGAUUUUUUAAGUGAAAAAGGUGAUGCUAGUUUAGCUAAAUACUAUGAUUCAUGGUCAGCUAUACGUCAGCUUCCAUUUUUAAAGCUUCCAGAUGGAAAACGUAAGGAUACUAAGUUUAUAUUCUUUUCAAAUAAAAAGCUCAAAAAAAUGGAUAAGUAUAUUGAAGAAAAACAAAUUGAGAAUGACGAGUUUGCAUUUUCCUCUGCGUUUGCUACUCCCAGUUAUAGAAUUAUAAAGGGGAAAAAAAGAAGUGAAUUUAUAGAGGCAAUAAAAAAACAUUCAAAAAUUACAAAUAAAGAAAACCCUAAAGAAAAAAUUACAAACUAUUUUAUUGGUACUAAAAAAAGCGCGGCUGUAAAUAACAAUACAGACAUAGAAGAAUUUUUAGAUCAAUUUAUUAUUAAAACUAAUCAGCCAAAUGUUGAUCAGUUGUUUGAAAUUGUCAAGCAUGAAAUAGGUAGUCAGGUUAACAUUGGUGUUCAAGAAACUUAUACUAGAGUCAUACAGUUUAUGCUUGAAUGGUUUAAAGAUAUGAAGACAUGUGUCUUAACCAGCAAAAACUUUGAAGAUUUAAAUAUUCUACAAAAUGCAGACAUGAGUCGCUUCUUCUUUUAUCAUCUCACCAAAAAAUUUGAAGAAGAAUUUAAUGAUCAUUUGUUAGAUUUUCAAGGAUUUACAAAUGAAAAGUUACUAGAUUUUUUAACAGCUCAAAAUCCACCUGAACAAAAUGUUCAGAUAAUUAUAGGCAGCAAUCUAAGACCAAUAGUUUACAUAACAAUUAAAGAACUAAAAAAUUUAAAGCAGGAUGAAUGGAUUUAUAUUGACUACAAUGAUAAGAUACGUGAUAUUGAAGUAAUAUUUCAAAGUAGUGUAGUAAAGUUUGUAGUAAUAAACACUCAAAAUAUUGAUGUAUUUACUCAACAACAAAUUCAAAAUAUUGGUAAUAUUUUAAAAAACAUUGGAUCUAUGAAAGUCAUUAUCCUAACAAAAACAAAACUUGAUAUUUCUGAAUAUUUAUCAAAAACGUUUCAAGAAAAUUUACUUGAACCACCGUCAGAUGAACAAAUUCAAAUCUUAUAUAACAAAUAUGAAAAUAAAUAUAUAACACUAGCAGGAAAAGAAUAUAAAAUAAAAGAUAUUAUUAAUCAAAGGCUAGGUAGUAUUUACGAAAUAAUGAAGAACAUUCAAUACUUUCCACAAAUAACUGAACAUGCGCAUGAUUACCAAGUUCCUGUUGAAUCAGGAAUGCCGUAUGGUAUUUAUAUAGAAAACGAAAUGAGUUACGGGAAAGGAUAUUACGAUUUGUCUAUUAUUAUGAGAAAAAAAGUUUCCUAUUAUAUUAUAUCAGGUGUGAACUAUAACAAUCUUUUUAAAAGAAUUAAAAAUUUAUUUCAAGAAAAUCCGGAAAAAUUUGCUGAAAUUGAAAAUGUAGAAACUGAUUUUGAAAAGUGGGAAAUAUCAGAUUUUUUUUUAUUAAAAGAUCCAAACCUGGUUUUCUAUCUUGAAUCUUUUGAUCUUAAUUCAGACAAUAAUAAUUGUAGUAAAGUUUAUAUUUUAACAGCCAAACCUGCAAAUUUUAAUAAAACAAAUUAUCUUUUAUUAAAGCCUGUUAAAUCUUCUUCAACAAAAAAAUUUGAAGUAGCUGAAAAUCCAAGCAACGUUUAUCUACCUUUUGCACAAGGUGUAGAUUAUUCAAGUCGUGAAUCGCAAGAGAAGUUUAUUAAAGAUAUAAGUACUGGUGGUCAAUUGUCAAUAUUGUUAGCACCUGCAGGUUACGGAAAAACGUCUUUCUGUAAAAACAUAAUAAAUAAUCAUAAAAAAUAUGAAGAUGCAUCCAACCCAGUUUGGGUUGUAUAUAUACCAUUACCUCUUUUACAAUUUGAUAACCAGUGUCAGCCUAAUUUUGAACCUUUUUUAAAUAUACAUUAUAACUGGGAAAACGAGGCAUUUCAAGCAGAUAAGCAUAUAAAAGGAAUGGUUUUACUUAUUUUGGACAGUUUUGAUGAAGUAAAAGAUGUUAGAAUAAUUGAUAAGAUAAAUGAAUUUAUUCAAAAAAAACUUAAUGAGUUCCAAACUUCGUGUUUAAUUACUACAAGACCAUAUGCAACAAAUAAACUUUUGCUACCAUCCGAAAGAUUGGCAAUCUAUAAAUUAACAAAGUAUACUGAGAAACAACAGAAAGAGUAUAUUAAAAAAUAUGUUACAGCUAUUUUAAAAAAUUUUAAACCAUCAGAAAAUGUUCUAAACGCUUUUGUUAAAGAAGUUGAAUGUUUUUUAACAACUGGACUUAAUAAAAAUUCUUCUAAAAUUCUCGGUAUUCCAUUAGAAAGUUUCCUUACUUGUGAAUUAUUGCAACCACAUAUUUUGAACUAUAUUGUCAAAAAUGAUAACCAAGUACCAGAGAAGUGUCAAAUUAACUUUAAAUAUCUAGAUAUAAGCAAUACUGCUACUCUCUAUCAGGAAUUUAUAAGAUCUAAAUCAAUCUUGUUUUUAGAAAAACACAUAGGUGUAAAUUCUGAGAAAGUUUACGAUAAAAGCAUGACAUUCAAUUUAAUGGGAGCCUAUAAUCAAAUUAUGGAGUUGUAUGCACUUAAGCAAUCAUUUAGUAUUAAGAAUAUUACCAAAUAUACAAAAACAAUUAAUUUUGAAAUACGGACCUUUAAGACGCUCGAAGAUACAGGUUUAUUAAAAGUUGCUAAAGAUAAAGAUGGUAGAAAGCUAUAUUUUAAUCACGAAACUUAUCAGGAAUUUUAUUCUGCACUUGCAAUAAUAAGAGGGCUUUUAAGCGGAAAAGGUCAUUUAUUCAAACUAGUUAAAAAGAUAGUUGUUAAAAACUGCUAUAACCCGAAAUUUCAAUUUAUUUUUACAAUAAUUGCUCAGUUUAGUUUUGUAGGUGGUCCAAUGAUUCCAGGAUAUGAAAAAAAAAAUAAUUUGUUUUCAUAUUGGGAUGUGUUCGGAAAAAACUUUGAUGUACUUGGUGCAGGCGCUGUAAGAGUAUUUAGUUGUUUUUUUGAAGAGUUUAUAGAAGAAAAAAUUGAACAAAACGAAAUUAAAAAACAACUUCAAAAACAGUUUAAAUAUUUUCAAAAUAACACAAAAGAAAGUAAAUGGGCAAAGUAUAUUAAGUAUGCACUCAGCGUAAGUCAACCUAAAAAUUAUUUAAAAGUUAAUAAAGACGAUGACGAUGGAAAUGAGUUGCCUAUUGUAAACUACAUAAAUGAUGAUUCCGUUGACAAAAAAAAUCUCAAUCAAAUAUUUAACUCAAUUUCUCAAGAGUUUAGAUAUAAAAAAAAAAACAAUUUAUUAGUUAAAAAAGACAUAUAUUUGUUGGAAAAAGAAACUAAAAUGCAUUCUGGCAAAUAUGAUUAUUGGGCACUUGAUGAAGGAAUUGAAGCAAUAGGUUAUACCGGGAAGCUGUUUAGCAAACCAUUAGCAGAUUUUUUAAUAGAAAGAUCAAAAUUUUGGAAUAAUAAUAGAAAAGCUGCAGUGUUGGCAUUAAGAGAAAUAUAUAAAAGUUUAACGGAUAAAGAUGAUAUUGCCAAAAAAAACUGUUUUUAUGUUUUGCAAACAAUAAAUUUAUCUGCUGAAUACAAUAAUGCGAUGCAAAGUUUGUUGCAACAGGUUAACCAAGAGUUCAUUCGUUAUCUAAUAAUGGGUUUGAGCUCAGAAUGGCAAGUUUUAAUCAACGAUAAUUUUAUGAAAGAAAAUCCUUUGAUAAAAUACAAUAAGCUUCAAACAAUAAAAAAUAUACUAUUUGUUGCUGAAAAACUUCUGUAUGCGGUAAUUGUUAGAGACAACCAUUUGUUCCUUGUUAAGGAAAAAGAAAUCGAAAUUAAAUUUGGAAAAGGAUAUCUAAACAAAUGUUUUGCUAACGAAGUAUUUGAGUUUAUUAAAAAAAUAAACUCAUUUGAAGAAUAUUCGCCGGGUUGUUGGAUUGACUCUUUUGUGUUAAAAAAGUUUGAUGAAAGUUUAGUGAGCUUCAAACAAAAAAUUGAAAACUUAAACUUAAAAAAUGAUGAUGAGUUUAUCAAUUUACUUAACAAACAAGGUCAUUACAAAUCGUAUACAUGCACGUUAUACGCGCACCUUUUUGUCAAUAAAUUGUUAAACAAACACCAUGUAGAAGGUCUUGUUAGACUUUGGGAAAAUUCUGACAGUUCACAUUCAUCAAAUUGGGUAGAAAGUGCGGGAAUUAUAUCUAUUGGCUAUACAGGGCAAUAUUUUAAUAUGCAGUUAGCAACUUACUUAUGUGAAGUCGAAGAUUCGUAUAAAAAUAUUAAUCAGGCACGAGCAGCACUAAAACAAAUUUUUUUAACUCUUACUUCUGAUGAUAUAGAUCACAAUAAGGCGUACCACGAAGCAGUUAAGGCUUUUAACUACUGCGCCAAAAAGUUUUGUUUUAAAGAAAUACAACUAAUACAACAAUCUUUUGGCAAAAGAAAGUUAACGGACAUUUAAAAAAAAAUUUAAUUUAAUGCUAAAACCACACUAGAUAAUUGUAUGAUAUUUUCAUGUAAACUUUAAAACUUAAGUUUGACAUAAAUACUCGUUAUAUAAAAAACGUGACAAUUACUUAUUACGCCAUUAAGACUAUAAAUAAUAAAAUGCAUGCUGAUUUUCAUUAAAC